GGAGCGGAUUGCACAAGCUACUGCUCAAGAGUGGAAAUUAGAAACUUUGACUGAAAACAUUUCUCAAAGUUUUUAAACGCUGGAUCCCGAUGAUCUCGCCGUCUGUUUAUGUUUUUUAAAAAAAACAAGUCAUGGAAGUAAUUUCCUAAAAGGAAAUUAAAGAAAGGAGGCGCAAUCUGGGACAGAGAAGAUGACAAGUUUGCAGGUGUUGGGAAUAUACUUACUGUGGAUUGUAAAUGGUGUUAGCUCUCAAUCAGUGUGUGCUGGCACAGAAAACAAGUUGAGUUCAUUAUCUGGCCAGGAGCAGCAGUAUCAGCAAUUGCAGAAGAUGUACAUGAACUGUGAGAUUGUGAUGGGCAACCUGGAGAUCACCAACAUCGAUGCCAACCGAAACCUCACCUUCCUGAGGUCGAUUCGGGAGGUGACUGGAUACCUGCUGGUGGCCCUCAAUCAGUUUGAGUAUCUUCCUUUAGAAAACCUACGAAUUAUCCGUGGCACAACGCUCUACGAUGACAAGUAUGCACUCUCGGUCAUCCUCAAUUAUCGGAAGGAUGGAGUUCAUGGGCUGAAACAGCUUGGAUUUAAACAGCUAACAGAGAUUCUGGUGGGAGGCGUGUAUUUGGAAACCAACAAGUUCCUGUGUCACACACAGACCAUCAACUGGACUGACAUCCUUCACAACCCAAAGGAGAGACUGGACUUCAAUGAGACAAAGGAUGCCGUAAAAGGCUGUGCCAAGUGUCAUGCGUCUUGUAACGGACAUUGCUGGGGCCCUGGUGAGGAUGACUGUCAGACUUUGACUAAAUCAGUGUGUGCUCCUCAGUGCAAUGGCCGAUGCUUUGGACAACAUAACCCCAGCGAAUGCUGCCACAGCGAGUGUGCUGGUGGAUGUUCAGGACCAAAAGAUACUGACUGUUUUGCAUGCAAGCGCUUUAAUGACAGCAAUGCCUGUGUUCCAGUCUGUCCACAACCAUUAAUUUACAACAAGCAGUCCUAUCAGCUGGAGCGCAACCCAGACACCAAGUACAUGUAUGGAGCUUUCUGUGUGAAAAGCUGCCCUGCGAACUUUAUCGUUGAUCAGAGUUCUUGUGUUCGCGCCUGUCCCAGCGACAAGAUGGAGGUUGAGAAAAACGGUGUGAAAAUGUGCGAGCCAUGUGAUGGCCUCUGUCCGAAAGCUUGUGCAGGAACUGGGGCUGGGAGUCGAUAUCAGACAGUGGAUUCAAACAACAUUGAUCAGUUUAUCAACUGCACAAAGAUCACUGGAAAUCUUGACUUCCUCAUCACUGGUAUUGAUGGGGACCUGUAUCACAAAAUUGCACCUCUGGAUCCAGAAAAGCUGAAGGUAUUUGGAACUGUUCAAGAGAUAACAGGUUACUUGAAUAUUCAGUCCUGGCCACAAAACAUGACGGAUUUCAGUGUCUUUUCCAAUCUAUCUACUAUUGGAGGGAGGACACUUUACAACCGUGGUUUGUCUCUGAUGAUCAUGAAGCUGAAGCAAGUGACAUCUCUUGGGUUUCAGUCGUUGAAGGAGAUUGGCGCUGGGCAGGUGUAUGUGGCUUACAAUAAGUUACUCUGCUACUAUCACACAUUGAACUGGACAGCGCUGUAUCGUCGGAGGACAACAGCCCUUCAGGCUAUCAUCAAGAAAAAUAAACCAGAAGCAAACUGCAAGUCUGAGAAAAAGGUGUGUGAUCCUUUGUGUUCCAGUGAUGGCUGUUGGGGCCCAGGUCCCAGUCAGUGCCUGUCAUGUGGCUUCCAUAGUCGUGGCGGAACCUGCGUAAAAAGCUGUCAUUUCCUGGAGGGAGACCAACGAGAGUACGCUGAUGGCUCCAUGUGCGUGCAGUGUCACCCGGAGUGUAAGAAGAUCGAGGGAGGCCCCACCUGCAAUGGGACGGGGCCAGCUCACUGCUUUCAAUGUGCUCAUUACAAAGAUGGACCCAACUGCGUAGCAAAGUGUCCCGAGGGAAUCCAGGGAGAGAGAGGUCUCAUCUUCAAAUACCCGGAUGAGAACAAAGAAUGCAAACCCUGCCAUGAGAACUGUACGCAGGGGUGUAAGGGUCCCACUGUGCUGGACUGCGCUCGCUAUCCUUGGAUGGCUCCCAUUAAAGCAUUACACAAUAGACAAAUCCCUCAGAUUGUGGCAGCAGUGGUUGGAGGACUGAUGGCUGUGAUGCUUGUGGUGCUGUUGGCCCUCAUUUACUGGAGAAGGCAAAUCAUUCGGAAGAAGAGAGCAAUGCGUCGAUAUCUGGAGACUGAGAUGCUUGAUCCCCUUGAUCCCAGUGCCGACUCACCCAAUCAGGUAAACACACGAAUUCUGAAAGAAACUGAACUGCGGAAAGUCAAGGAGCUGGGGUCUGGAGUAUUUGGAACAGUGUACAAGGGGCUCUGGAUUCCCGAGGGAGAGAGUGUGAAGAUUCCAGUGGCCAUCAAAGUCCUGCAGGAAGGGCGCGGCUGUGAGCCAUCAAGAGGCAUGAGUGAGGACAUGUUGAUGGUGGGCUGUCUGGAACAUCACCAUGUCUUGCGGCUCCUCGGAAUCUGCCCUGGGGCACCACUCCAGGUAGUCACGCAGCUCCUACCACUUGGGUCUCUACUUGAGUACCUCCACAAAAACAAGGAUAACAUCCGAUCUCAGCUGCUUCUCAACUGGUGUGUCCAGAUUGCUAAGGGUAUGAGAUACCUGGAGGAGAAGAAAAUGGUCCAUCGGAACCUGGCUGCAAGAAAUAUACUGGUAAAAUCUCCCAGCCACGUUCAGAUCACAGACUUUGGCAUCACCAACCUCUUGGCAUUAGAUGAGAAAAAAUAUUUCUUUGAUGAAGUGAAGAUGCCCAUUAAAUGGAUGGCACUAGAGAGCAUCCACUUUAGAAGAUACACCCACCAAAGUGAUGUGUGGAGUUACGGUGUCACUGUUUGGGAGCUGAUGACGUUUGGUAGUAAACCAUAUGAGGGAAUUGCUGUUCGUGAAAUCCCUGGUCUCUUGGAGAAAGGUGAACGCCUGCCACAGCCUCAGAUCUGCACUGUUGAUGUCUACAUGGUCAUGGUAAAAUGCUGGAUGAUUGAUGAGGACAGUCGUCCAACAUUCAAAGAGCUUGGUGCAGAAUUUUCCAGAAUGGCUCGUGAUCCAGCCAGAUACCUAGUUAUUGAGGGUGAUGACUGGGCCAACAACACACAUGUUGGUGAACAAAGGAUUCUGCAUGAGUUUGAGGAAGACUUAGUUGAUUAUGAUGACAUUGAUGAGGAUUUGAUGGCAACCAUAGUGGAUAGCCCAACAUCUGUCGAAUUCAGAUCGAGGAUUGAAUCCAGCAGGAGCAACAGUUUGCCAGCAGGGUAUAUGCCAAUGAAUAGGAUUGGUCCAGAUGGCUCUCGACAGACUGGGAUGAAGAAUGGAGAUCUGGGAUCAAAGCGCUCUCUAAGGAUACGGAAUGAGUCCACGACUCGAACUAUCUCAGAGUCUUCGGAAGGCCGAGGUACAGCAUCCUCACUUGAUCUAUACGAAGAUAUAUCUUUGAAUGGAACGCCCCAGCUCCGUGGCCACCGCUCGAGGGACAGCAGUGCACGUUUCUCCAAUGGCACAAACAUGAUGAUUUCCCCAUCUGAUGAAGCAGAGGUGGACAUUAAUGGCUAUGUGAUGCCAGAACAAAGAAGCUCUACAGCUGAGAGUCUGAAGCCUGCCAAUGAAGUCGAUCCCUUGAAUAAUAAAGUCAGCGAUGUGAAUAAUACCCAGCCACUCGAGAGUCAAAAGGAAUCUGACUCAAAACCAAGUGAUCACCAAGAAUAUGAGUACAUGAACAAACGGGCCUACCUCAAUGGCUGUGUGAGCGUCGUGCAGAACCCUGAAUACCUGGAUGACAGUACUGUGUUUGUUACUGGGGGUGACAUUCAUGCCUUUGAUAAUCCAGACUACUGGCAUAGCAGUCUCCCAGCAAAGUCAGAAAUAAAGAGGACAUAAGAGGACCAACUUCAGGAUCCUAUUUCGAUGGCUAACAACCCAACAAGCAAAAAAAGUUGAUUUCUGAACUUUGGAACAUGGGGUGGCAGGGGGGAGGGGGAAGAGGAAAGAGAAUAGUAGAUCCUAUAUCUCUGAAUCAGAACAGUUUACACUCUAGCUAGAGAGACUGCUUUACUGAUGUCCCUUGUGUGUAAUGCCAUCUAGUUUGGAUCAGUACAUGAUGCACUGUGAUGCUGACCCAUUCACCCACCCAUAAUGUCUGUUUUCUAUCUCUCACGCGCACCAGUAAAUGUCCAGGAAUAAUGUUGCUCUAUUGUAGUCAUGAAACGUGAGAGUUGAGUAAACCAGAUACCUGCCAAACACACGAAUGAAUGGUCUUCUUGCACCUUGUUGUACGCUCUUCACAGAACGUGGAGAAAACUGGCCAACCAGCCCCUUUAGGUAGUGAGUGGAGCACUCCUAUCUCUUGCCAUUGACGUGCAGUGCUAAGGAGGGAAGGGGGAUGGUUUCAUGCCUUGCCCAUUCAGUAGAAAUUUUUCUGUGCUGUGCUCUUGAUUCAUAACAAAACACAGAGGGCCAACCCAAUUAUCUCCUGUGGAAAUGCCCCUGGGCCUUAACAUUCAUCUGCAGUCGCUUGUGGCACAUCCAAUUGAUUGAUAGGGGACUUUGGCAAGGAGGCUGAUCAGGACCAUAGAUUCCAAUGGUAUAUUGUUCAUUAUCCAGCUGAAGAACCACCACUGGUCACUCUGUUCAUCUAUGACGGCAUUAUUGUGGCAGAAAAGGGAUCACUGAUUCCGUCAGUGUGUUCAAGUGGGCGGAAUGAAGUAUAAUUACCUCGCCCUUCACAAGAUUAGCUCUCAUAUGGGAUACAUGAAGAUUGCGAGGCUCAAAUUGAAAAAAAUUCUGCAAGACUCAGUAAAUGAAGCCAUUGACUGGCCUGUUCAUUUGCCUCAGUGCUGAGUUACAACAAUUCGAUUUUCUUGUUCAAGGCAGCUAAAGGAUUGUGAUCAGAGGUUAAUGCCUGGAAAUCGGGCACCAAUGUUAAUUUUCUGUAAUUAUCUCUGCAAAUGUUUAUUAUGUUUUAAAGUGCUCGGAUUGGAAAUGUAUUUUUUUUCCAUAAUCUUUGAUUAUCAAUCAUUUAAGGCAGAGGCCAUAUAGGGAGUUUGGGAAGUUGGGGGGAAUCAUUGGGGUAAUUCUGUAACUUGGAGGGGGAAUAUAACACGUUAUAAAUUAUUUUGGGGCGGAUGGGGGGAUGGUGAGUGGAAAGGGGCCUGUCCCCUCAUCCCCACCCUCCAUCUAAUGGCUGUACUCAAAUUAUCAGUCAGGAAGGGUCGUUUGUAUUCCUAUUGGAGCAGCCUGGGCCUUUGUUGGCCAUGCUUGUUAGAAGGUGGGAGUCUGUCGUGUUUUCAAGGAAGUUUCAGAAGAACUUCACAGUUAAAAUAAUCAUAUUUUUAAAAGAUUGCAAAAUCAAUGACGCUAAAAGUGAAUGGAGAUGUGGGCCUAUAGAAUCCAGUGGGACAAAAGGUCCCUGUGCCAGAUUUGGUAAGAAUGUUGGUGAUUUCAUUGUUGAACCAAAAAUUAGCCUUAGUGGCUACAAAAUUAAAGCCUAGAACAAAAGGUGAUUUAGAUUGCAUUGCAUGGCAUAUCACUGGCAGGCUAGAAGUCCAAAUCUUGGAUGUUCAAAGCUUAUUUUGAUCUCAAGAUUUUAAUAGGGUUGGGCAUGUUUGUGACGGAUGUGAUUCUACAGUUCAUGCUGAAUUCCAUAUUUGUUUCAUCAUAAGUAGUAAGAAAUCUUAUUUGCUCCUCAAAUUUAUCUUCUAUUUGAGCAGUGUGUUCCUGAGCAACUAUUAACGAAGGGCACCAAAUUAUAUUGUGGAAAGGCUUCACUCACUUCCUCACCCCACACCCACCAACCAAAUAUCCUCUACCAUUGUAUAAUUAUCGUGAACUGUAGUGAGAGAAAUUCUACAUUUUUAUAUGUAUAUAAAUGCAGAGCUGGGAUACUUGAAGAUAAUGAUGUGUGAUCAGUGGUUUGAACAAGUAACCCUGAUGGGAACUAAAGAUCACAAGGCGUUGAUCUAAGGACCUUUUAUGGAGAUUUGUAGAUUUCAUGAAUGAUGUUCUAUAUUGUAUGUUAUUUUCUUGCCUUUCACAAAUGAAGCAGCAGUGACAAGUAUACGAGCCAAUUAGUGUCAGACUCCUUUGGGUGCAAUUUGACAGGGAAAAACUACUACCAAAAUUCACUGGUCUGGUCUGAUCAGUUGCCAUUUUUAAAUUUAGUACCUAUAUAGAUAUCUUACAUAAUCAAAUUUUACACAUAUUUUCCCUUUUAUUAAGGCUGUAGGGUACAAUCACACACAAAUGACCAUUCUUAAUGGGGGUGAUUAUUGACAGACUAUUCUACAAUCACACACUUGCCUAAUCCUAUCCUCACCUAGAGCGCCUUACUUGCACAUAUACCAGCAAGGCAGUGGUGGAGAGGGAUCACUGAAUAGCAAUAAGCAGUGAGAAACCUGCAUUUUUCCUUAUCCAUUCUAUUGCCCAGGGCUGCUGCUGUCUUUGCUGAGAUCAGCUAAUUCAGUACAGUUCAGGAAUCAAGUGUGUCUUUUGUGGGCUACAUGAUGUAGUCUAUCAACAGAAGGUACCUUUAUCCACCAAACUGUUGAGGGAGCAAAAUCUCUCCUUCCUCUCCUGAGGAUGCAGCCUGUUGAUUAGGGGACAGUUUCAGUAGGAGCUUGCAGCCCUCAGCACCUCACUCAAGUGUCCCUUCCUUCUUGUGUGAGUAUUGACAGUGAGUGGGCACAAAAAAGAAAUCAGCCAGGCUUCCCAUUCCUAAUCACUAUCUAGUGCUUCCUACUGGAAGAUGUGUGUGUGGCUGGUGUGGAUGCAGUUGAGCUCAGCUUUGAUUACAUGCUCAUACUGUUUGGACUCUCAAAAGAAGAAUGGCUACUUUAGUGAAAUACUGAAGGGCAGCUGGGCCCCAGGACUGGGCAGUGCCUUCAGGGGAAGGAGGGGAGAAUUUUUUUUAUAUAGAAAAAGAGUGCUUUUACUCAAUUGCUCAUAGUUUUGUAACAUGUUCAAAAGGGAUGUUUCAUGUCAAAUUAACUCUGUGAUUGCUUAAAACCCACUAUGCCUUGAAGUACACAAACAUGUUCUAAUAGCUACAGGAAUGACUUAUUUUCAUUUUCUGAGACUACAAUGCUUAAUAUAUUAAGUGGAUUGUAAUGAAGAACAGUCAAAUAAACUUUUUAAUUGAUAUUCCAUUUUUUAAAGAUCUACCAGGAUUGAAGUGAUUUUUUCAGAGUAUGAGUUUGUGAAUGAUGAGUUGCUGAGUAUUAAAUACAAAAAUUGAUUGUUGUGUAAAAUGGGGAGACAGGUAGAUUACCUCUUCCUUAUGUACAUAUAUAAGGAUAGUUUAUUAAUUUCUGUUGUGUACUUAAUGCUGUUUUUAUACAACCUUAAGGGACUGGUUGGAAACUCUCGAGUGUUCAGCCCCUUGUGUGAAAUUGAAAUAAAUAUU